AUGUCUACGAACGUGCUGUCAGCGAAGGACGUCAACGCAACUAUGACCUCACAGGAGUCCAACUCGAAGUCCUCAAUCAAGAGCAUGGAAUACCAUCGCCAGGUUCUACAGUCUAAGAUGGAAGAGGCCCAGACCAAGCAAUACAUCUCUCCCUCCGACAACAUUAUGAGCCCCUGUACCGCAAAGCUCAAUGCUCUGCGCAACAAGCAGGUCGGAAAGGUCAAGCCCAAGUCUCUAUUCGCCCAAGCGUCUGCUAAGAAACUCGAGGGCGAGGGAUUGUUCGGGACCAAGAACCUAUAA